CAAAUAAACAUGAAAAGCUUCAUUAACUUUCACAGAACACCGUUUAGUAUUCUUUUCGUACUCGUCGAACGAGCAACGUAGCUCAUUCUUUUCCAAUAAAAAGGUUCAAACCGAUAAUACAAGGCUAUAAAAUACACCAUUAAUAAUCAGAACAAUCUUAUUCUGAUUAUCACUAAUUCUGUUAGAAAUAUGCACAAUAACUAGUGUCCGCAAUUUUGUAUUUAAAUUGACGUUUACUGUACAAUGUACUCAGCAAUGUUCUUCAAAAUAUUAUAUAUAUUUUUAUUAUUCAAUCGUUUGAUUGGCAAUUUCGUUAAUUGCCAACAACAUUCGCCGAAAAUCGUUAUCGUCGGUGCUGGUACUUCUGGUAUUGCAGCAGCUUCGAAAUUAUACGAAAAUGGAUUAGAAAAUAUUCUAAUCCUAGAAGCACAAGAUAGAAUUGGUGGACGUGUUUACACUACUCAAUUUGGUGAAUACGUAAUAGAUCUCGGUGGACAAUGGGUACACGGACAAAAAAAUAAUAUUGCAUACGAAUUGGCUGCACCACUUGAUUUAUUAGAAAAUUCAACUUGGCAUUUAGCUACGUUUGAUUCUACGGGAGCUAAGAUUGAUGAUCAAAUUUUUAUAGAUACCAUGAAUAUUUAUGAACAUGCUUUCGAUAAUAUCAAUAUAUCUGAUUCUAAUAUUUCUGCUGGUGAAUUUUUGGAACAAAAAUUCGCGGAUUACUUUAACGACCAUCCAGAAAUAAAUGCAACUCUUCAGAAUGAAUUAUUAUCAUUUUAUAAUUUAGUAGAAUGUUCAUUUUCUGCAUCAGACAGCUGGUACGAGCCAUCGGUUAAUGGAGAAAUAGAAUAUGAAAUGUGCGAGGGAAAUCUUUCUAUUAAUUGGAAGAAACGUGGAUAUAGUACAAUUUUAGAUAUUCUAAUGAAAAGAUAUCCAGAUCCGAGCAAAGAAUUGCCAAUUAUGAACAAAACACUUCUGAAUUCAGAAGUAAUUAAUAUUGAUUAUUCAGGAAAUAAUUCAAUUAAAAUUCGAACUAAUACUGAAGAAUAUUUAGCGGAUCAUGUUAUAAUGACACCAUCUUUGGGUGUAUUGAAAGCAGAUUAUAAAACUUUGUUUACUCCUUCUUUACCGGAAUCCAAAAUUACAACAAUCAAUGGUCUCGCUUUUGGUACCGCUUGUAAAAUAUUUCUUCAUUUUGACGAGCCCUGGUGGGAAUCUAAUUUAAAUUGGAGAUUUAAUUUUCUCUUCAACGAAACUUAUAAAAACGAAAUAGAAAACGAUCCGGACAAAAAAUGGAUUACGAAUACGACGUUCUUUGGUAGUGUAGAAAAUAAACCUCAUUUAUUACUCGGUUGGGUAACGCCAAAAGGAUGCCGUUUCUUGGAGACGCUUCCCGAUGACAAAGUUAUUGAAACUUCCAUGGAAAUGUUGCAUACUUUUUUGGGAAAACAUUAUAAUAUUACAGAACCUAACGCAAUAAUAAGGAGUAAUUGGACGCACAACAAACAUUUUCGUGGAACUUAUAGUUUUCGAAGUCUUGAAUCUGAAAAAGUACACGCAACGGCGGAAAAACUUUCAGAACCUAUAAUUAAAAAUCAACGUCCCACGAUUUUAUUUGCUGGAGAAGCUACAAGCAAACGUUUCUAUUCGACUGUACACGGUGCGAUUGAUUCUGGAUGGAGGGAAGCGGAUAGAAUUAUAAAACUCUAUGCAGAAACUUUAUAAAUAGAUUAUUUAACAUUAAAAAAAAUAUAUAUAUAUAUAUGUAUAUAAAAAACGUAUGUACAGGUAUUGUGCUCCGAAUAAACUUUUACAUGGAUUCAAA